AGGCUUAAUCCCCCACAUCCAGCAAGUGCCCAGCACAUGGUAAAGGCGAUUGUGGCAGAAACGAACACAAGGCCAUUUCCUGCCUCUAGGGCCCUGGUGGCAGGGCUCCACGAGGUGGGAGGGGGACAGUCCAUAACAGCCUCCGAGGUCCUGGCAGGGGAGUCACUCCACCUCGCCGCCCCGCCUCUGUGGGCAUGGCCUUGCCCGGCACCAGUCCUGGGGAGGGGUGUGGCGAGGGCGGGGAGAUGCAGGCCCCACCCCGCGGAGGAGUCACGUAGCUCUGCGGCACCCGCAGCUUCAUUUACGCGAGCCAGCCAGAGCUGGAGCUGCAGUUGUUGCCGACCAGAGCCGGAGCUGCUAACUGGCUGCGCACAGAGAGCUGCUGCCAUGCCUCACUCGUACCCAGCCCUUUCUGCUGAGCAGAAGAAGGAGUUGUCUGACAUAGCCCUCCGGAUUGUGGCCCCAGGCAAAGGCAUUCUGGCCGCAGAUGAGUCUGUAGGCAGCAUGGCCAAGCGGCUGAGCCAAAUCGGGGUGGAAAACACAGAGGAGAACCGCCGGCUGUACCGCCAGGUCCUGUUCAGUGCUGAUGACCGUGUGAAGAAGUGCAUUGGAGGUGUCAUUUUCUUCCAUGAGACACUGUACCAGAAAGAUGAUAACGGUGUUCCCUUCGUCCGUACCAUCCAGGAUAAGGGCAUUGUUGUGGGCAUCAAGGUUGACAAGGGUGUAGUGCCUCUAGCAGGGACUGAUGGAGAAACCACCACUCAAGGGCUGGAUGGGCUCUCGGAACGCUGUGCCCAGUACAAAAAGGAUGGUGCUGACUUUGCCAAGUGGCGCUGUGUGCUAAAAAUCAGUGAACGCACACCCUCAGCACUUGCCAUUCUGGAAAAUGCCAACGUGCUGGCCCGCUAUGCCAGCAUCUGCCAGCAGAAUGGCAUUGUUCCUAUUGUGGAGCCUGAGAUCCUGCCUGAUGGAGACCAUGACCUCAAACGCUGCCAGUAUGUUACAGAGAAGGUCCUGGCUGCUGUGUACAAGGCUCUGAGCGACCAUCACGUGUACCUGGAGGGGACCCUCCUCAAGCCCAACAUGGUGACCCCUGGCCAUGCCUGUCCCAUCAAGUAUAGCCCAGAGGAGAUUGCCAUGGCAACUGUCACUGCCCUGCGUCGCACUGUGCCCCCAGCCGUUCCAGGAGUGACUUUCCUGUCUGGGGGUCAGAGUGAAGAGGAGGCAUCCCUCAACCUCAAUGCCAUCAACCGCUGCCCACUUCCCCGGCCCUGGGCCCUCACUUUCUCCUAUGGGCGUGCCCUGCAGGCCUCUGCACUCAAUGCUUGGCGAGGGCAACGGGACAAUGCUGGGGCUGCCACUGAGGAGUUCAUCAAGCGGGCUGAGGUGAAUGGGCUUGCAGCCCAAGGCAAGUAUGAAGGCGGUGGAGAAGAUGGUGGAGCAGCAGCACAGUCCCUCUAUGUUGCCAACCAUGCCUACUGAGCAUCCACUCCACACCGCAACUCUUGGUCCAGCCACCUGCACCCGCUUUUGCGUGUAGUCACAGCCAGGGCCAAAUAGCCAUGCAGAGCAGAGAUGCCUUCAUCUAGAACAAGUUGACUACCUUUUCCUCCUCCCCUUCCGUCUCCUAUUGCUGCACCUGGGACUGUAGGCUGGGAGGAUAGGGAGCCUCUCAUGACUGAGGGCAGGAGAACUUGCUAGAAGUUAAAACAGGAUGCCUGGGUCUUCCACACUGCCUCUGCCAGCUCCCCCACAACUUCCCCAUGAUGAGGUAGCUUCUCCUUGGGCUCUCCUUGCCUGCCCUCUCUCCUGGGAUCAGAGGGUAGUACACCAGCCCUGAUUCAUGCCUUGAACACAUACAAACAGCAAAUAAAUGGUAGCAAAACAUGC